CAUUCAUUCGUCGCUACCCCGGGAAGGUGAUGCACCUUCGUGGUAACGACGACACAGAAUCGGCUCCGGCCGCUCAAUUCCACGGAGAAAAAAUCUCGCAGAAUCGGCGCGGAGUAAACGGCGUCUCGUCACCACCGCACCGCGUUUCAUCCGGCCACGCAAUUCCUCACACGCGCAUUCUUCAUGGCUUUGUGACACGGCUCCGUUGCCGCUACGAAAAUGGCCCAUCAACUGGACAACAUCUAUCUGCUCAUCCUAUUGCCAAGUAUAAUCGCGCACCUGUGCUGGUGCGCGCAUGGCAAUUACCAGGAGUGUAAGUUUCCGCCGAAUCGAGAUAGAAAGAAAAAAUCGCGAGAGAUCUUUCGUGUUUUGCUCGUAGCCUCACUCAAGUUACUCUCUCUCUCUCUCUCUCUCUCCAUUUCAGAUGUUCUUGAGAGCGACAAAAUCUGCCAUCCAUUAAACAGAAGUCACUUGCACGACAUACGCAAUGCAUCAGCGGUGAUCAUCAAUUCCAAAUACUUCUUCAAUCGCUGGGUCGUCAACUUAGACCGCUACUGCAAGUAUACUUUCAGAACUGCCAAGGGCGAGGGUCUUUUCGCUGUCAUUCACAACAUGUUUUUCCGACGCAAGAAUAAUGGCGCUUGCCUGGAUUACGUACGAUUUAAAAGGAGUGACGGUCACCAGACAUCUGAAUUCUGCGGAGAGGUGCAACUCAACUCGCUGACCUACUCUGAGUUUCCCGUCUCCUUGCAUGAUCACAUUUACAGUGAGUUCGAACCAAUUCACGGCCGAUCCUCGUCGGGGAAACUAGAAACUGAAAUAUUUAUCUCGAAGGAAGAGGUACCGAAGGGGCAGACUCUGGAUCUGAAAAUAGUUUAUACUCCGUACAGAGAGUGCGGGACGGUGGAUGCUAAUGAAUUCAGGCCAGUCCGCUAUAACAGCUGCAUCCGGAAGGAGUACAUCUGCGACAGGAUUCACAACUGCUGGGACACCGUGUGCAACGACGAAGUGGAUUGCCCGCCGAACACGGACGUGCUGUCCCGGGAAGACAGCACCACAGAAGUAACCGUUGGUGCGGUCACCACCGUGAUUCUGUGUUUCAUCAUAUUCGUCAUGUGCCUGUGGAUCUGCAAGCGUUCGCAGAAGCUUUGCUGGUCGUCGGAUUGCGCCGGGCCGAACGUGUGCUCGCGGCCGGGCUCGUUGCCGUCGGACGCGGACGGGUCGGCCAGUCGCGCUGUACCCUCCGCCCCCAUGCUGGAGGUCGCGGUCUCCUCCCCCGUCGCGGACAAAGAUUUGCCACCCAGCUACGACUCGUUGUUCCCCGAACAAAGUAAUCCUGCCAGAUCGUAAGUUAUUGAGUCCGUUCGAGCUUAAUCGUCUUUCAACACUCGCCAACACGCCGUCUAAUGUUUUAAUUAGACGCCGCGUUGUGUAUACGCGCGCGCGGUCAGUGACGUAAUCGGACUGGAGUUGUUGUCGCAGUGCAUGUCGUGUCACGACCGCUUCUCAUCCUCUUCUCACGGACGAGUAGGCUCCCGCAGCCUCCUGCGAGACAGCGCGCGAGAACCGAGGAGACUGUCGCGAGUGGAAGGGCCUUGAUGAAUUGACGAAUGCCCGCUACGUCGAUCUCGAUUGUAUCUCAAUUCGACCGAUGCAAUCCUCGUAGCCCUUACAAUUGGUACUCAGUGCCUUCCCGUACAUAGUUAUUACGUCAUCGUGUAUUCGAUUUCAAAACUUGUUUGGGCUCUUUUCUUUUGGACGCAGCUCGGAACGCAGCCAAAAACUCAGUGCAAUCGGAAAACUUCUCGGUAUCGUUCAACGAGUAUCUCUCAUUGGACUAUCGGACUAGGUGUUCCAAAAUGUUCAAACUGUAUUAAAGCCAAGUGUACACACAUUACCACCAUAUACUAAACGUAACGUAUUUCGUUGUUUUCCUGUAUAUUAAUGAAAUUACGAGGAGUGUGCAGUUCAGUGAUGCAUUCUGAAAGAAUGCUCCCCCACCGACGGCUAAGCGAACGUUUUCUGAAAUUUACUGGAAAGACUCCGGAAAGUGAUGUCGGUCGACCGAGCGGUGUGAAAGGAGCGAAAGAGUGAGCUUCUUCAUACGUAACACAACUAGCGAGCUCGGGACAGUCGAAAAGCGAUCGCUCUUUGGACAUUUAAUAGCAUCCAUUACACGAUGCAUAAUAUUUUUCGUAUGUCUUUGUCUUCGUAUUAUGUGCGAUUACUGUUCUGUAUAUUAAAUGUAUGAUUACUUUUCUACCCAAACUUUGGUUAUUUAUUAAUGUUAAGAGUGACAGAGCGACAGAGCCUCCGUGCAGAAAAGCGAUCAUAAAAUGUUCAAAGUGCGAUCGUCGUCUCCAGCUCGCUGGCUGUACUGAAUCGCGUGAAAGAACUCUUUCGUGUCUCAUAUCGCUUCCCGAAGUCACGUGAAUUUCAGAGAGCUUCGCUUGGCUACACGAAUAUGUUAAACGGGAUUUAUAAUGAGAAUGUAAGGCAUAAGCCUUAAGAAAUAGACUAAUCACAAUCGAUUAUAUUCCUCAUAUUCGACCGGUGAUCGGUUAAUUUCUUAAGGCUUAUGCCUUAAAUUCUCAUUAUAGACCCCGGUUUAUGCAUGUGUUUGUACCGGGAUUGGUCAAAUGAUGGAAGUGGGACAUUCUUUCGCAACGCAUCACUGAUGCAGUUAUAUUUUCAGCUUAGUUACAAUUAUAGUGUAUCUUUCUUUUUUUUUCGCAUAGCUUGUAAGUACGUCGUAUUAUAGCCAAUAUUCUUAAAUCUCACCGUGUUUUGUAGUGUCUUGUAAUAAAUAUUGAUAAAGAUAAUGUUAAUGAUAUAAAGAUAUCGAAUAAUAUAUCGGAGACUUUCUGGUGACAAUGAAGAAACAGCGGCCUAGGACUAACUUUGUCAACGAAACUUGGACUUUAUAUAUCAUCGUGAUGACGCAGUAUUCUAAUUUCCAUAAAUAUUUAAUCCUUAAAUGUUCCUUUAAAUGUAAUUAAAACGAUGUCUUAUUGGCGGCUAUCUAUUCAAUUUACGCUACCGUACGUACACUGCUAUCAUGUUUAUGGAAAUACAACUGUCUCGGAAGCAACGGAAUUUUACGAUUUGAUGAGAUCCUCUAUUGCGUCUCACAAGUGUUCACGAACAUUUGCGAAAGCGGUGCGUAAGUUUAUAUCGUACAAUAUGUUUCGAAAAAUGACUUGGCAUGUGCAACUUGUUUUGUAA